CCCCUCCACCCUCCGUUGGAGUCACCCAGUCCACUGCGUGUUAGGACUGAUGCCUUUAACUUACAAGCAUCUCGGGGAGAGGAGGGGAAAGGUCCUCCCCCAGGCUCUUAUCUGGAGGAAUAGCCUAAUAAAGCGGCUACAGAACCUUCGCAAGUUCGUCAACUUUAAACUCCAACCGGCGUCUUUCCUCGGAGGAAGAAGAACUAUCCCUUAAAGGCCGCUUUCCUCUGUGUUUUCCGACUUGGAUUAAGUUCUGCAUGGAAACAAAUGAUAUGUGAGAGGAGCGGAGAGAGGAGGUGGGUGUCGGAUAGACCUUCUUGUUCUUUAAUGCAUGAAUCUCGGAUACAAGCUUGAUUUGGACCAGAGUGGAAGAAGAUAAGUAUAGAGCUGUUAUUGCCACUGCGUGAUCUAAAUCUCAUUGAGGUUUCAGACUUAAGGGGUUUAAAUCAAAAGAAAAGAAAAGAAAAAGUUCUUGAAGCAACAAAGAAAAAACAACAAAAACUGAUUGCCUGUUAGUACUAAGAAUUAUGGCGUUAAAGGCCAGAGUACUGUAUGACUUCCACUCUGAAAACCCAGGAGAGAUCUCCAUAUCAGAGAACGAGCUGGUGACUCUGUUCAACGAGGAGGAGCUGGAGGGCUGGCUGGAGGGGGAGAACAGCAGGGGGGAGGCUGGCCUCUUCCCUGCCUCCUAUGUGGAGAUCAUCAGGGACCACAUCACCUCCAGUACCAACAACAACGGCCUCUCCUCUCCCCAAACCAAAGCCCUGACGCCCACCCACACCUCAUACACAUCCUCGGACACGCAGUCUCCCAGAGGCCUCGGGGCUGGCAGCGGUGGCAGCGGUGGAUGCAGCUUCCACCCCAGCCAGGGCAGCGAUGACGACUGGGACGACGACUGGGAUGAUGCCUCUCCCGCGGCUGAAGCAGGGAAGCAAGGUCUGGGCAGCUCGCCCGCCAUGUACCCGGUGACCACCUCGUUGCCCGGGCGGCGCGAGAGCAGCCAGCAGCAGCAGCAGCAGCAGCAGGCCAAGGGCUCAGCAACAGUGGGGAGGAACCUCAACAGGUUCUCCACCUUUGUCAAGUCUGGAGGGGAGGCCUUCCUGCUCGGGGAGGCCUCUGCUUUUGUGAAGGACGGGGACCGGAUCUGCGUGACGAUGGGGAAGCAUGGACCGGAGUGGCAGGAGGACCCGUAUCCGUUUGUGUGCACCAUCGACGACCCCACCAAGCAGACCAAGUUCAAAGGCAUGAAGAGCUACAUGUCCUACGGCCUGACCCCGACCCACACCAAUGUACAAGUCAACCGCAGGUAUAAGCACUUUGACUGGCUGUACGCUCGGCUCGUGGAGCGCUUCCCCGUCAUCUCAGUGCCCCACCUGCCGGAGAAGCAGGCCACCGGUCGGUUCGAGGAAGACUUCAUCUCCAAACGGAGGAAGGGACUGAUCUGGUGGAUGAACCACAUGACCAGCCACCCUGUGCUGGCACGCUGUGACGUUUUCCAGCAUUUCCUAACGUGCGGCGCGGAUGAGAAGGCCUGGAAACAGGGCAAGAGGAAGGCAGAGAGGGACGAGCUGGUCGGGUCCAAUUUCUUCCUCACAAUCAGCACGCCGGCUGUCCCACUGGACCUCCAGGAAGUUGAGAGCAAGAUCGAAGGCUUCAAGACCUUCACCAAGAGGAUGGACGAGAACAUCGUGGUCGUGAACGCCACCAUCAACGAGUUUGCUCGCAAGCAGAUGGCAGGGUUCAAGAAGGAGUACCAAAAAGUCGGACAGUCCUUCGCACUCCUGGGGCAGGCGUUCGAGCUGGACCAGCAGACGUACUCAGCGGGCCUGAACAAAGCCAUCGCCUACACCGGCGAGGCCUACGAGGCGGUGGGAGAGUAUUUUGCUGAGCAGCCACGCCACGACCUGGCUCCCAUUUCUGACCUGCUGGACCUCUACAGAGGACACCUGGCCAAUUUCCCUGACAUCAUCCAUGUGCAGAAAGGUGCACUGACCAAGGUGAAAGACUGUCCGAAGCAGGAAGGUGAGCUCCACGACCGCUGCAACAUCAUUUCCUGCGCCACGUUGGCUGAGAUCCAGCACUUCCACCGCACGCGCGUACGGGACUUCCGCUCGCAGAUGCAGCACUACCUCCGUGAGCAGAUCGUCUUCUUCCAGAAGAUCACCACCAAGCUGGAGGACGCGCUUCAGAGAUAUGACGACGAGGAGUAGGAAGAGAGGGAGAUAACAGAGGAGUUGGACUACAAAGGCCUUGAGGAAAUGGUUUGGGGGGGGGGGUUAAAGUGGGAAGCAAAUAGGGAUGAUUGUUGGCUUCGUCCUCCAGUAAAAGAAAAACAGUUUUGUCCUUUGAGAGAGAAAACCUUUUGAUGUAAGGACGUCCUGGGGGUGGAACAUGCAUUGGAAGAAAUAUACUACACGUU